CUCUGUUCUCACCAUAACAUUUUUCAGCUUUACGUAAAUCUAUUAAUAAUAACCGAUGGAGAAGAACGACAAAGACCCUGAUGAUCAUCAUGAUGACCAUAACGAUAAAUCAUCCAGUGGAGAGGAGGAGAAAAAAGGCGACGUCGUUUCAGAUGCUAAUCCUCCAGAUGAUGCCCAUCAUGAUCAGGAUGGUAUCAGUAAAGACAAUAUCGAUGAGAAGACAGAUCAUGGAGACAAUGUAGACAAGGUUGACUCACCAUCAGGACAAGAAGCACCAGAGGUUCAUCAAACCCUCGAGUCCUUGUCAGAAGAACUAGACCAGCUUCUCUCAAGUCUCUCCCUUCAUCAAGAAGAGCAACACAAAGACAUCACCAAGGAGAAACAAGAAGAAGCAGAAGAAGAUGAUGAUUACUUUCAGAUCCCGCAGUUUGUUGGCAAGUUCUUGGAUCUCUUCGAGGACAAACUCUCCAAACACGACUCUGGUGAUCAGCCUAAGACAACAACAACAACAUGGUACCAAGAUCCAGAGGAAGUAUCUUCCCUUCUCGACGCAAUGGACCAUGUCUCAAACCUAAUGAAGCUAUUACUCAGCACCAAAUCUUGUCUCGACGAUCACGAGCCCUUGAUCAACCACGCCGGAUCGAUCCAGCAGCGUGCGAUGGCCUUCUUGGAAGAAGAGUUCCGCGUCCUUCUAGAAGAGUCCGUGAUCAAAGAGCCUCCCGCUGUUGUUGCUGUCACCGACGAUCAAGUACAAGACCACCACAACGAUGACACGCAAGAUCACGACCAGAUGGUGGCUCCGGAAAGCCGUGAUGAGGAGAUAGAAUACCCUGGUUACUCGGAGGAGAUGGUCACGCUUCUGAAGAAGGUGGCGGAGAAGAUGAAAGGAGGAGGGUACUUGUGUGAGUGCAGAGAGGUUUAUCUAGUAGCGAGGAGGAACAUCUUGAUGCGUACGUUGAAACAAGACUGCGAGUUCGAGAAAGUGAGCGUCGACGAGGUGCUGAAGAUGAGCUGGGACACGCUCGAGAGAGAGAUCCCUAUAUGGAACAAGACUUUCAAGAACUGCUCUUCUCUCUUCUUCCCCGGAGAGCUCAAACUCGCUGAGAAGAUCUUCCCUGGAGGGGACGAAGAUGAAGGGAGCUUGUUCUGCAUCGUCACGCACGGUCUCGCCAUCCAGUUCUUGGGCUUUUACGAGGCCGUGGCCAUGACUAAACGAUCAACUGAGAAGCUCUUCAAGAUCCUUGAUAUCUACGAGACGCUCAGGGACAGCUUCCCGGAUAUGGAGAAGCUGUUCCCCGAGGAGCUACGCAGCGAGCUGAGGAACGAGGUGACUAGCGCUCGUUCGAGAUUAGGAGAGACAGCUAUUAACAUAUUCUUGGAUCUUGAGAACUCUAUUAAGUCUGACUCAAGCAAGACCCCUGUGCCAGGAGGCGCGGUGCAUCCGUUAACGAGGUAUACUAUGAACUACCUCAAGUACGCGUGUGAGUACAAAGACACGUUGGAACAAGUGUUCAAGUCUCACUCAACGAUGGAGCGAGAGGAGGUGGAGGAGGAGAAGAAGGAAGACAACUCGGCCUUUGCCAACCAGUUGAUGAGGAUAAUGGACUUACUAGACGGGAACAUGGAGGCGAAGUCGAAGCUCUACAAAGACAUACCGCUAAGCAGCAUCUUCAUGAUGAACAACGGGAGAUACAUAGUGCAAAAGAUCAAAGGAUCGGCGGAGAUACACGAGGUGAUGGGAGACACGUGGUGCAGGAGGAGGUCCUCUGAGCUGAGAAACUAUCACAAGAACUACCAGAGAGAGACGUGGGGGAAGCUGCUUGGUUUCUUAGGGCACGAGGGGCUCAUGCACAACGGGAAGAUAGUCAAGCCUAAUCUUAAGGAGAGGUUUAAGAGCUUUAAUGCGACGUUUGACGAGAUACACAAGACGCAGACCACGUGGGUGGUUAAUGACGAGCAGCUGCAGAGUGAGCUGAGGGUUUCUAUAACCGCUGUUAUGAUACCUGCUUACAGGGCUUUCAUGGCUAGGUUUGGACAGUACUUGGAUCCUGGUCGGCAGACUGAGAAGUAUGUUAAGUACCAGCCUGAGGACAUUGAGGAUCUCAUUGACGAGCUUUUUGAAGGAAACACUUCUUCCUCUUCAGCUGCCACGGCCAAGCGAAGAACAUAGAUUCUUUCUUCUUUUCUCUUGCAGUAACACUUUUUUUUAACUUUCUUUGAAACUUUCCUGUCUUAUUCUACUGUGUGUUUUGUCUAAAUGCCCACAACUUGGAUGUGUAAAUGUAGUUAUUAAUUAGUUCCAUCAUUUAUGAAUAAAAGAGAAAUUUUGUC